AGAUAGUGGACUCGUCCUAACACUGCCAUGUUGGAUGGAACUGGCUCCGGGCUCUCUAGCGGCCGGACUUCCCAGGAAAGUUUUUGCCGUUUUACGACUUCGCUCGGUCGCUGCAAAUUUGACCUUAUUUUAAAGGGGUGCGGGACAUUGCACGGCAUUCCCGAACGGCAUACAUUUUUUUGGCACCCCAGUCUUGCAGAGCCCCGGGAUAAACCGAACCGGUGUAAGGGGGUCGGAGGAAGGCCACGGAUGACCGAGGGAUUGUUUAUGUAUCUUUUUGGAUCUCGUAUAACGAGUUAGAGUCGGUGCAUACUUUAUACAUUGAUCCCCAAUAAUGAGUGGACAUCCGCCGCAACGGCGGCAAACGAAUGUCGGUUCGAUACUACUGACACAGCAGGAAAAUGAAUGCCUUUUCAACCACCUUGGCAGGAAAUGCAUCACGUUGUCUUCAGCAGUGGUCCAGGUGUUCACAGCAGAUAGGAACUCCAGCUGGAACAAGAGAUGCUGCGGGGUGGCCUGUCUGGUCAAAGACAAUCCCCAACGAUCUUACUACAUCAGGGUCUUUGACAUCAGGGACGGUAAGAUGAUGUUUGAACAGGAGCUGUAUAACAACUUCAGCGUCUACUUGCCCAAAUCCUACUUCAUCACAUUUGCUGGAGAUACAUGCCAAGUGGGUCUGAACUUUGCCAGUGAGGAGGAGACCAAGCGUUUCCACGGCCAUGUGACAGAUCUAAUGGGGAAAAGACAGAGGAAAACCGAGAAGAGGCGCGACCCUCCAAAUGGUCCUACGUUGCCCAUGGCCACCGUAGACAUCAAAAACCCGGAGAUCAACAGUGUUCAGCGUUACCAUAACCACUCUCAGGUGAACAACAUUGUGCACUCCUCCUUUCCCAAGAGGGAGAAAAAGGGCAAAGGGAAAAGGAAGAGGUUGACCAAGGCAGACAUUGGCACACCGAGCAACUUCCAGCACAUUGGGCACGUAGGAUGGGAUCCAAACACAGGCUUUGAUUUGAAUAACUUGGACCCAGAGCUAAAGAACCUGUUUGAUAUGUGUGGCAUCUCCGAGGCUCAGCUGAAGGACAAGGAGACCUCUAAGGUCAUCUACGACUUCAUUGAAAAGAAAGGAGGCGUAGAAGCUGUUAAAAAUGAGCUACGGAGACAAGGUCCGCCAAGGUGGAGUGCUCCUCCACCCCCUCCAUCCAGAGGUGGCCCGCCUCCCCCACCCCCACACCACAGCUCAGCCCCCCCUCCGCCCCCUCCUGCCCGGGGGCGAGGUGCCCCACCGCCUCCUCCCCCUUCCAGAGCUCCCAUCUCUGCACCCCCACCUCCCCCUCCAUCUCGGCCAGGCAUUUCUGCCCCACCGCCUCCCCCUCCAAGCCGAGGCUUUCUCCCGCCUCCCCCUCCACCAGCUCAUGCCUCAAUUCCUGUGGCGCCUCCCCCGCCGCCUCCUCCCCCCUCAUCCUCAACUCCAUCCAGUACCGGAGCGCCGCCUCCUCCCCCUCCUCCUCCCCCACCUCCCGGCCCUCCACCCCCUGCUCCUCCGCUGUCCACGGAGGCUAACGGAGGGGACAGCAGUCUGCACUCACCCGGGAACAAGUCGGCAUUGCUGAGUCAGAUCAGAGAAGGCACCCAGCUGAAGAAGGUGGAGCAAAAAGAGAGGCCAGUGUCUAGCACCGGCAGAGACGCACUUCUGGACCAAAUCCGGCAAGGAGUCCAACUUAAACCGAGAGAUGAAAAUAAUGAUUCGGCUCCUUCAACCCCGGCCCCCUCAGCAGGCAUCGUAGGGGCCCUGAUGGAAGUGAUGCAGAAAAGGAGCAAGGCUAUUCACUCUUCAGAUGAGGACGAUGACGAUGAAGAUGAUGAGGACUUUGAGGAUGAUGAUGAAUGGGACGACUAGCAAUUUUUUUUUUCUUUCUUUUUUUUUUCUCCCCUUCCCAACCCCUGGAUGAUUAUGACACUAAAAAUUGUUCUUGUCUUUCUAAAAGGAUAUCUUUAAUUUCAAAAUUAUAAAUGUAAAUGUUCUAUCAAUUUGCUGUAUAUUUUUGUUGCCUUUAUGCUUUUUUAUUAAUCUGUGCAAUACCUCAUUUAAUCUGUAAAUGUUUUGUCAUUCUCAUAUUUUAGGUUGUUAUUUCUUUAUCUUCAACAUGUCUGUCUGUGUUCCUGUUGCCUCCAUCUCUGUCUCUUGAUAGUAAUGUCUCAUCGGUCAUUUUAACUAUGUUCUGCUUUUUUCCAUCUUUCUGUAUCUCUUUUCCCGACUCCCAUGUUCCCAACUCUUUGACGUUUAUCACCUCCAUCUGUCACCCAGCAUCCCAUCACACAAUCUCCAGAUUAACGUGCAAUUUUACAUCAAGUUGUCCUUUUUUUUUCUUCGUCUUCUUUUUUUCUUUUGGUCAUGGAUUGAAGGGAGGGCUUACAAAACAAAUUGCGAGAUAUCCUUCAUCAAUCAUGUCAUCAUUGUUCUUCAGGAGGAAAAAAAAAUUGAACUAUUUUCAUACCCUAUUGCUCUGUAGUUUAUUUUUACUUAUUCAAACAAUCCUAGUUUAGCACUCAUAUUUUCUUAAAACAAAGAAGAAAAAAAAGAAUAUGCUCUUUUUUGGAAUAUUUAGCUUCAUUUGCUGUCGACUGUAAAUUUGCUCCAGAGUUUGAGUCUUGUUAUAUUUUUGCACAGAUUGAAAGAGGAGACUCGCUGCAUCAAUACAGGACAGUUUCAGGUCUGUAUCAUUAUGGAACAUACAUAUGCUUUAAAUACUGAGGCACAAUACACUUGGACAUUAAACAUCUUUAACCGUUAACGCACCAUACCACAUACGGUAAACACAUGGAGGUAGCCCACAGUGUUAUGGCUGGCUAUCUGUUGUGAAUUUUAGUUCUUUUUUUUGUCACUGUCACACUACAGAUAGAGUGGAAUUUUUUUUUUUUUUUUUUUACAGUAGCAAGCAGAGUAUCAAUAAAUGCCUGUUGGUUGGAAUCUGGUCAUUCACCACGUAAAGCUUGAGGAAUAAAGACAUUUUAGUUUUACAUACCUGAUGCUUAUAAUGGGUCCAUAUGCUAAGUUACUGUACAGAAACAGCAGGACUAAAGUAGUGUUCUCCCUGUUCUCGACACUAAGUGCUGACACAGUUAACAUUAGAUUAAUGGCAUUAUUCAAACAAGUAUCAAUAUUGUCUUGACUAACUAUUACAUCAUGAGGUGUAACAUAAGAAGCGCUUAUAUAAAAACUCAGACAGUGGUCAGUUAUUCCCUGCAAAGACCAAAUAAUAAGAUGUCAACGUGUUUUAUUCACAUAAAUAAUGUGCUUUGUUUAUAGGUGGAUUUCCCACAGAGGAUACUACCGAUAAUGCUAGAUUGUUUCAUCAGUCACAAGAAAGGAUUUUAAAAAAUCAUGAUUGACAACUGCUCUGGGACUACAAAUUGGCCCGGUGUGUUAAACCCAUCCAGCCAGGCUCAAAAUGGGCUAAAAGUUAGAGAAAGUAACAUUUGUAGAUGCUAUUUCAGCAGCUCUUUACAUUAUGGCCUAAUGUGGAGACUUUCACAUUGCUUGCUAACCAACCAGAGUAGAUUUGCGUCUCUCUUUAAAGUAAGAGUGUGUAACUUUUGUGAAACAGCAGCUUCUGAGGCCACACGUGACAAUGGGAAAGUGCUAAAUGCUAAAAUCUGCUGUAACUGUAGCAAACAUGGAGAGGUAUGAAUACUGUCUGUCAUAAAGCAACAUCUAUUUAGAGUUUCCAAACAUUAUCCAGCAUAUGCUAACUGGUCAUACCAGACCAAGAAAGGCUGUAGCAGCAACACCUCUGAGUGAAUAGAAAUAAACAAGGGUGAGUUUUAUUGCUAAUGAAUUCAACUUUUCAUAUGUACGAGGAAUAAUGUAUUAUUUCUUCUUUCAAAAGUUGUGUAGAGUUGCUUUAAAUCUCCGCAUCGAAGGGCAACAGAGGCAUGGCAGCCAUGUUAGCGCUACAGUAGUCUCUAUGUUUCGCUGCUUCGUGUGCUCUUUGGUUCAUCUAAAGUUGUGCAGAUACUAAAUUUCGGUCAGUCGUUCAACCAGACUAAUGGUUUGUGUCUAUUCUAGAACCUGUUAAUCCGAGGCUUUGUUUCCCAGAAGCAUUGGUAUUAAAUUAGCACUACAGUAGGUCAUGGUUUUUAAUGUGACGUUAAUUAACAGAGUAGUCCUUCAAAUAUCCUCAAGAACAUUUUGUAACAACACUACCAUUUUCGUCAAGAAAAUGAGCUGCGUAGCACUCUGCAGCUAGGCCUGAAAAUUAUACAUGGGGAAAAAAAAGAACAUGCUAACAAGCAGCAUGCUCAUACUGCUAAGAUAUUUUUCGGGUUGUUGAAGAGCCAAUAACUGAAACUUUACCUACAAUGUGACAAAUAUCCAGAAAAGAAAAAUGACGGAAUUAUAUGUUGAAAUGUCUCUCAACUCCUUUUUUGUAGUGUUUUUUUUUCUCUGUUUUCCCAUGAGCGAAAAGAGGAAUGUUGGUGUCCUCUUUACAUUCUGUCUUUGAGGGACAAAUUACCACUUGUUUGAUGUGAGAACUGACCUCUUCUGUCAAAUAUCGAGAUGCUUCUUGGGGAAAAAAACCUAGCCAUGUUUUCGCUGAUGUUAGCUUCUGUAGGUAACUCGGUUAAUACGAUGUCAUGGACGCCGAGCCUUAUCAAGCAGGCUGGACAAAUAAAGAACUCUACAUUGUACACUCCAAUAAAAGGUUGAUAUUUAAAUACUUUGGUAUUUGGGCUUCUUUUACAUUGAGACAGCUGACAUUUUUGUGCUUAGGGUUUAGAAGUGUUACCUUUUCCUGUCUAACUUGAUUAGAUGAUUAGCAUUUACAGUGUAUUAAUUAUUGAGGCAUCAUGGAUUUGAUCUUAGCUGACAAAAGAACAUGAUGCUUUAUUCACACAGACAUUGUUGCACUUGCGUGUAAGA